GUCUAGCAGCCAGUGUUGCGGGUCAAGGCUUUGUCUAUCUUUAUGAGAACCAACAAGAAAACACACCGAAUCCUUCAAAUAACUUAUUCAAUCCUGAUGAUUACGUGUACAAACCGCCUUCGGCUGUGAAUCAGGAUAAUUUGCCUCCACGGCAACCUAGGAUAUCACUUCCGGCAACCCGUCGGAGGUCAUUUCCAGAACAUCCUGAAGAUCAACGACGAAGAACACCACAUCAACAAGCUCGACGCUUACCUCCUCAAUCUUCUGAGGUCCAACAUAAGCCGAUGCGAUCUCCUCCAGCUCGUCUACCUCCUCAAUUUCAAUCACCACCAGCUACAGAUCCUCCUAGACAAAUCCAAACUACCGAAGUCCCCACAGCAAGGUUUUCUGGCCCACAAGCAGGUUUUCCAGCAUCUACGACAUCAACAGGAAGGUUCUCAAUAGAAGAUACUUAUGCUUCUUUGGAAAGGCGUGUUGAUGAGUAUGACAAAAAACAAAGAGAGCAGAAACGUUUCCAAUCUUCCUUCGCUCCUUCUGCACGAACGCGUUCUGAAGGAAGACCCAUUUCUACUAAUUCACAGUCUGCAAGACCCCAGCAGGACUAUAACACAUACUCUCAACAAUAUCGCAACAUACAGACUCAACCCGCCAAGCCCCUGUCACGUACCAAUACUUAUCAAGAACAAUAUAAUAACAAUCAACAUAGACAUACUCGACCUGCUCAGUCAUCACAACGACAUAACACUUAUCAAGAACAAUAUAAUAACAAUCAACAUAGACAUACUCGACCUGCUCAGUCAUCACAACGACAUAACACUUAUCAAGAACAAUAUAAUAACAAUCAACAAAGACAGCCUCGACCUGCUCAAUCAUCACAACGACUUAACACCUAUCAAGAACAAUAUAGCAACAAUCAACAAAGACAGACUCGACCUGCUCAGCCCCUGUCGCAAACUGACAUCUAUCAAGAACAAUACUACAACAAUGAACAGAGACAGACUCGACCUGCUCAACCUCAGAGACAGGCUAACACUUAUCAAGAACAAUACAACAACAACCAACAGAGACAGACUCGACCUGCUCAGCCCCUGAGACAGGCUAACACCUAUCAAGAACAAUACAACAAUCAACAGAGACAGACUCGACCUGCUCAACCCCUGAGACAGGAUAACACCUAUCAAGAACAAUACAAUAACAAUCAACAGAGACAAACUCAGCAUACUCAGCCCCAGCAAGAUGAUGAUUACUAUCAAGAGCAAUAUAACAACAACAAAUAUAUAGAGGAUCAAUUUUCUCAACCCCAGCAUCAAUCAGCUACCUACCAACAGCAGUAUGCCAACAACCGGAAAAUUCGUGCCUCUAAUCAUGUCCACCAAAAUGAUUACCAGACAUCUCACACAUCUCCAAAAGCGAUAUCUCAAAAUUACAACUCACCACAACCCUCAAUAUUUGCAAGUCAGCUACAGUCACCAGGCCUUCCCGCUUCCACAAUCGCUGGUGGUGGAUCCAAAUCUUUAGAAGAGUUCUAUGCUGAGCUCGAGAGAAGUGUCAUAGAGUCACAGAAAAACAAAAUAUUUUACAGCAGACAAAGUCAAGGGUGUCUUCUCAGAGAGCCGGAUAUGCCCAGACUGCUCAGACAAAUUCAAAAUACCCGGCACAAUAUUACACCAGUAGUGACGUGUCUAAUCAUCCCAGCUAUACAUCAGCCUUUCAUGACCAGUUUCAUCAGGAUGGUCUGUCGACACCUAACCAACAGUCAGUUAGCAACAACAGACGAUCACGACAACAGAGAGUUCGACAGAGAAGAAGUACACAGCAAAUUCACACACCUGCAGCUGAGGAAUACACUGAUUAUAGAAGAUUCGCAACUUCUGGUCGUCUUUACAAUACUGGUGAAAAACCUCUUUUAUCAAAUUAUCUUUCAACUCCAAUGGAGGCGGCAAGGGAGACACAAUGGAACUCAUAUGAAGCGAAUAGCAACUAUGUAAAUUUGGCUGUCAGUUCGCAACAUCCAGAUUCUGAUGGAGAUGGAAUACGUAAUGAUUUUGGAGUGGAUUAUUCCAUAUUGAUCUCCAUUCCCCAAACAGACAACAACUUGUUGGGCAACAUAAAUAUUUAAAAACUUCUUGUUAGGGGGUGCACCUGUGCCAAAUCGGAGGGGUCGAGAGUAUUUAUGUUUGGCCAAUCAAAACCAUCAUUAACCAAGCGAAGUUAUCUUUCCAUUGGUUGUACAAAGUGGACAGUGCUAACUAAAUCUGUAAGCUUCUACCAUGUGAGAGACGGACUGUGUAAGGUGUUCGAGUCACAUAAGAAAGAUAGACGAAUAAUUUAAGAUCCAAGACCUAACUAAAGCAGCAAAACAUUUUUCUUCUC